CUAACUUUAGUUCCUCUCAAUUUCUCUUAUUACCAUACAAAUAAACCAAAAAGAAGGCCAAAAAUAUCUUGUGAAGAAAUGAAGCAAGGCACAAGUGCCAAUACGAGAUUAGAGCAUGAAUUAAGGAGAAAAGUCGGUUUCAGUUCAGCAAGACAGACAGACAGACAAAAUCCAUCGAUGGGGUCCAGUCACAUUACCUCUUUCUUCGUGAUUUCCUCUCUCUCCACUCGCUUUUAAUCCUUUUCACUUUUUUCUUGUAUAAAGUCGUAGCAUCUCGAGAUCGUCUUCCUCUCACAAUCUCAAAUUCUUCGGACCCUUUUCUCUCUCCCCUGAAGCUCCCCUCACUCACUCUUCUCCGAGGAAGAACAACAGAGACAAUGGCGGUUCCCAAAGCCAUUAUUCUACCUAUCUUGCUACUCAUCUGUGGUGCUGCUCUUGGAGCCCCUGCUUAUGAAGGAUAUCUUCGUAAUGGAAACUUCGAAGAGUCACCAAAGAAAACCGACAUGAAAAAAACAGUUCUAAUCGGCAAAACCGCCUUGCCCGAAUGGGAAAUCACCGGUUUCGUCGAGUACAUCGCCGGCGGUCCUCAGCCGGGAGGCAUGUUUUUUCCGGUGGCUCAUGGAGUCCACGCCGUGAGGCUCGGAAACGAAGCCACAAUCUCUCAGAAGUUAGAAGUGAAGCCAGGUUCUCUCUACGCACUCACGUUUGGUGCGUCGAGAACUUGUGCACAAGACGAGGUUCUUAGAGUCUCUGUGCCUUCUCAGUCCGGUGACUUGCCGCUUCAAACACUUUACAACAGCUUCGGAGGUGACGUGUACGCUUGGGCCUUCGUCGCUAAGACUUCUCAAGUUACUGUGACUUUCCAUAAUCCUGGAGUUCAAGAAGAUCCUGCUUGUGGUCCUUUGUUGGACGCUGUCGCCAUUAAAGAGCUUGUUCAUCCAAUCUACACCAAAGGGAACUUGGUGAAGAACGGAGGGUUCGAAGAAGGUCCUCACCGUCUUGUGAACUCCACACAAGGAGUCCUACUCCCACCUAAACAAGAAGAUCUCACAUCACCUUUACCUGGUUGGAUCAUAGAGUCACUCAAGGCAGUGAAAUUCAUAGACUCUAAGUACUUUAAUGUCCCCUUUGGACAUGCUGCUAUCGAGCUCGUUGCAGGCAAAGAAAGUGCCAUUGCACAAGUCAUUAGAACUUCUCCAGGUCAAACUUACACCCUCUCCUUCGUCGUUGGAGAUGCUAAGAAUGACUGCCAUGGUUCCAUGAUGGUUGAAGCUUUUGCAGCCAAGGAUACCCUCAAAGUACCACACACUUCCGUUGGUGGAGGUCAUUUUAAGACCGCAAGUUUCAAGUUCAAGGCGGUUGAGGCAAGAACUAGAAUUACUUUCUUCAGUGGUUUUUACCAUACCAAGAAGACUGAUAUUGGAUCUCUAUGUGGUCCUGUCAUUGACGAGAUUGUGGUUUCUCAUGUCGCUUAGAUUAAGUUUACUCUUUAUCACAAGUCUGCAUCUUGUGUUCUUAGACUGGUCAUGGAAUUGGUUCUUUGCUUUGUAUGUCUUGGCUCCUUUUGGAAUCAAGUUAUAGCCAUCACGUUAAAAUGAAUGAUAUAUUAUUGUAAUAUGAGAUGUUUUGAGUCAAA